AUGGCCGUCACUCACACCAGCAUCACACACAUUCAGGACACAACAACAGGCACCAUCCCUCCAACCUCCGACUCCAGAGGUGAGGACCAGGACUACACCUGCCGUCACUGCGACCGCACCUUCACCUCACAUAUCGGCCUGGUCAGUCACUUGCGAAUACAUCGCACAGAGACUGGCGAACCAGUGCCUGGAGCACCAACCUACACCCACCGCACUCGCCUUCACUGCCCACACUGCCCUCGCACCUUCACGCAUCGCAUGGGCCUAUUCGGCCACAUGCGCAUCCACGAGAGCAGAAUUGACCGUCCUCCCAACUCACCCACCACGUUAAACUCCAUCCCCACUUCAUCACCCAUCACCGUCAUCGCAACUGACACCGACACCACCGACUUCGCCUGCCCACACUGUCCACGCGCAUUCACCUCUCGCCCAGGCCUGGUCGGUCACUUGCGAAUCCAUCGCACAGAGACUGGCGAACCAGUGCCAGGAGUACCAACCUACACCCACCAAGCUCACCUUCACUGUCCACACUGCCCUCGCACUUUCAUGCAUCGCAUGGACCUACUCGGCCACAUGCGCAUCCACGACGACCUGCGGUAGACAACCGCCGGUUACACCACACAUUCACUCACUCCCUACCUCCUCCAUCACCACCAUCACCAUCACCCCACCAGAAAUCAACACUCACACACCUCAUGCGCCGGACUGCCAUCUCCCACGGAAGUGGGAAGUCCGCAUCUCGACUCGGUCCCCAUGCGGCAUCGGCUGCACGGGUGACUUGAGUCCGAGACUAUCCCGGCACGUCAAGCGUCGUGGAUAGGAAGGUUGCUGGUUGACGCCCGCUCUCGGUUCACGCAGUUCGUCGCGUUGUGUGUGUGUGUUGUGUGGAGUGGCGGACUGGUGGGCUGGGGACGGGCUGAAACAGCACCUUCCACAGCACUCUCACGCAAGUGAGAGACACGCCGUUCAACCCCCGUUGUGUGAAAUCCUGGUGUUUGUGUGUGUAUGGGGGGCCAGGUCGUGCUGUGGCACGCGCAGUCAUGGUCAGUCGACCAUGACAGACACCGUGCCCAUUUCCCACUCCAGUCUGCUGACCGGCUCGGACAGCGGCUGGGGUGUGGGAGUGGGAAGGGAGAGUGAGGUCGACGACUCAGCGCACUUUCUCCUCACUAUAAACAAUCUGACGCACUUGAAGCUAUCACGGUGCGCUAAAAGCCGUGGCUUGGAAGAUUGUCAACUGACGGGAUAACUUGGACCUCCUCCUCGACUGGUGGGGGUCUGAGAGUCAGGCUGCAAUGGCUCCUUUUUAAUGUGGCCUUUCUGGCAUUCCCACCACAGUGUGGGAUCCGAGCCAGGCGUUGGCGGCACGCCCAGGUGCGUCUUCGGCCGUGCCAGCCUCCAAAUCUCUGUUGUGUUGGUUGAAAUCCUGGUUAUUGUUGUGUGGACCAGGGGGUGUGGUGGAACGCCAAGGUGAGGAUCCGUCCGAGCCAUCCACCUGUGGCCUCCCUCGUCUCUGGUGUUCUUGACUCUGUCUUGACACCGGGCUCGGGUGAGGGAGGAGGAGAGAGUGUAGGUAGAUGCAGCGUAAGUCUACCGGCACUAUAAACCCCUGCGCAAGUCACUGUCCCUGCUCCCACCGCUGCUGCAGCUGUGGGGCAGACGGUGGACAUCAUCGAAAUCGAUGGUCGAACUGUCAUAGAGUCGUAGUAACCAGUCGUUUAAGAAUGAUCCAGCUCUCUCAACAGCGGAUGAGCUACAAUCUUGGCCCAGUUGUCCGUAUAAUUUGGCUCCAAUUACAUAAAAGAAUCUCAUGGAUUAGCAGACAAACUGGACAAUAUAGUUUGCCCAACCAACAUUAGUAAGGCAACAUUGACUAGAUGUCCAGUUGGACACUGUUUCAGCAUAAUCUCGGCAUCAAAAUUCCUAGAUGGCCAUGUAAAAACGAACCUAACGUGUAGAACCUUGCCUGAGAGACGGUUGUUUAUUAUGCGACCCGUAAAUAGUCAUAUGCCAUCAUAAUGCAACGUCAUACUUAUCGUCAAUUUAAACUUGGAGCACCUAACUUCAGUUAUCAGCAGUACAGGAAGAUGUAAUUUAGGCGAUAAAUGUCGGAUUCUGUGGCAGUUUAAAUGGGAAGUUGAUGAGAAUAUAUAUUUGUACAUAGGGAAGGCUUAAUACGCAGGCUGUGUAACAUUCCUCCUCCGCGGUGUUUGUUCCACCCUAUUCCAUCCUUUGGAGCGCAAAGAAUCCCCACGACAGUUCUAGUUAUUGUUCUGAGGAUGGAAAGUUGUUUCUAGAAAAGUACAAUUUGGGUUGAUUGCAAAACGCAACAGUCGUAUGAAAUUUAUGAAUGCGUAUCUUCUGAACCUUCUUUGACCUUACUAAACGCCUCGAAAGACCUAAAUCAAGCUCACAUUCGUUUGCAUAUUUCCUCCCACCCCUUUCGGCAGCGACGUCUCAGUAACAUUUCGCUAUAGAAACAAAAGGUACUGCAUCUGUGAUUGCCUCAUAUGAUUUUGACUUCUACAGGGCGUCCCUUUUUCCUCUGAAAGGAAUAUUGGAUGGUGAUUCCACCUUCAGCCAGCAAGUAGAAUAUACGCUUGAUGAAAGCAUCUUUGGAACGCUUGCCGAAGCAGUCGAGGUAAGAAGUCUCAUGGAAAACGCAGACGAAACAGCACUCGCCAACCAGCUGAUUUUUAAGGUCCUUAUGAGCUAACUAAACUUUUAGCCUGACUAG